AUUUCCUAUGUCCCUUUCAUACAAGCGAUGACCCAGAUCAUUCUCGGCUGAGAGUGGAGUUGGACUUGAGAAUUCGGAGAAUUCCCAGAGCUCUGUAACUUCAGAGGUGUGAUCAGCCGAACAGUUCGUCUUUUAGAAGAGCUCUGUGUCUCGCCGGUCACCUUGUAACUGCGUGCCAAAGCAGCAGGACUCCAUGAAAGAUGACAGAGGAGGUCAUCGUGAUAGCCAAGUGGGACUACACCGCCCAGCAGGACCAGGAGCUGGACAUCAAGAAGAACGAGCGCCUGUGGCUGCUGGACGACUCCAGGACAUGGUGGCGGGUGCGCAACGCGGCCAACAGGACGGGCUACGUGCCGUCCAACUACGUGGAGCGCAAGAACAGCCUGAAGAAGGGCUCCCUCGUGAGGAACCUCAAGGACACGCUGGGCCUCGGCAGGACCCGCAGGAAGACGAGCGCGCGCGAUGCGUCCCCAACGCCCAGCACUGACGCCGAGUACCCGGCCAACGGUGGCGGCGCCGACCGCAUCUACGACCUCAACCCCCCCGCCUACGUCAAGUUCGCCUACGUGGCCGAGAGGGAGGAUGAGCUGUCGCUAGUGAAGGGCUCGCGCGUCACCGUCAUGGAGAAGUGCAGCGACGGCUGGUGGCGGGGCAGCUACAACGGGCAGAUAGGCUGGUUCCCGUCCAACUACGUCCUGGAGGAGGUGGACGAGGCGGCCGCCGAGUCCCCGAGCUUCCUGAGCCUGCGGAAGGGCGCCUCGGUGAGCAACGGCCAGGGCGCGCGGGUGCUGCACGUGGUCCAGACGCUCUACCCUUUCAGCUCCGUCACGGAAGAGGAGCUCAACUUCGAGAAGGGAGAGACCAUGGAGGUGAUCGAGAAACCCGAGAACGACCCGGAGUGGUGGAAAUGCAAAAAUACACGGGGCCAGGUGGGCCUGGUCCCCAAAAACUACGUGGUGGUCCUCAGUGACGGGCCAGCCCUGCACCCCGGCCACCCCGGCCACGCCCCGCAGAUCAGCUACACCGGGCCCUCAUCCAGCGGGCGCUUCGCAGGCCGCGAGUGGUACUAUGGCAAUGUGACACGCCACCAGGCCGAGUGCGCCCUCAAUGAGCGGGGCGUGGAGGGCGACUUCCUCAUCAGGGACAGCGAGUCCUCGCCCAGCGACUUCUCCGUGUCCCUCAAGGCGGCAGGGAAGAACAAACACUUCAAGGUGCAGCUCGUGGACGACGUCUACUGCAUCGGGCAGCGGCGGUUCCACACCAUGGACGAGCUGGUGGAGCACUACCGGAAGGCGCCCAUCUUCACCAGCGAGCACGGGGAGAAGCUCUACCUCGUCAGAGCCCUGCAGUGAGCCACGCCCGCGGCCCCCAGCGCCAGGCCUCGUGCCACGCUCGCCUCCCCGGAGCCCAGUGGCUCGCCCGCAGCUGCAGCCGGCUCCCUGGCUCCCUGCAGAGGCUCUUCUCUGGUGGCGGUUCGGCCCAAUCU